AUGAAUUCAUCAAGUCACAAGCCUGGUGAAAUGCCUGCUCCUGAGUCUAUACAUGAAUUCACAGCAGCUAGUGAAGGAACCCCAAGCCCUCAGUCUCAAAUGCCUACUUCUAACAUGAGUGAUAUCAAAGUCAUUGAUGAAACUGACAUUCUAAUCAAGAACCAACAUGUCUGCUCAGAUGAUAUUAGUCAAAACAUGUUGAAUACUGAAAAAUGA